AUGCAGAAGCGCCAAGUGUCGUCCGCCUUCUUGACCAGCAGCACAGCUAGGGGUAGCGGUACGGGCGGAUCGUCACCGGCGCCGUGCCCGGCAGGAGGUGGAUCCUGUGGUCGUAGGGGCGGGAGGGACGGAGGCAGCCCGCGCGACAAGCCGGCCGGCAGCUUCUGGGCCGAGGACGCCUCCUGCACGGCGUGGCUGGAUGCGCAGCCGGCCAGCUCCGUCGUCUACGUCGGGUUCGGAAGCUUCGCCGCCUACGACGCCACGCAGCUCGUGGAGCUCGCCGAGGGCCUCCUGCUCACCUGCUCACGUCCCGGCCGUUCCUGUGGGUGGUCAGGCCGGGGUCGGCGGGCGAGGAGCUCCUCGGGCGGCUCUGCCGCCGCGCCGCGCGGGCGCGUGGUGAGCUGGUGCCCGCAGCGGCGCGUGCUGGCGCACCCGGCGGUCGCCUGCUUCCUGACGCACUGCGGCUGGAACUCGACCAUGGAGGCCGCAGCGAACGGCGUGCCGCUCCUGUGCUGGCCCUACUUCACCGACCAGUUCCUGAACCAAAGCUACAUCUGCGACGUGUGGAGGACGGGGCUCAAGGUGCCGCGCCCGGCCGGUGGCAGUGGCGACGGCGGGACGACGGGGCUCGUGGGGAGGGACGUGGUGCAGGCCAAGGUGGAGGAGCUGCUCGCCGACGCCGGGACGAAGGCGAGGGCGCGCGCGCUGCGGGACCUCGCCCGGCGCGCCGUCGGCGAGGAAGGGUCGUCGCGCCGGAACCUUAGACGAUUUGUGGACCUUGUGAAAGGAUCGGCGAGUUGAUGAAGCAAGAGAGCGAAUCGAUCAUUGGCACUGGCAGAUUGAAUUCCAGAAACAGCCAACGGCUAUUCUAUUCGAGAAACAGCUUUUGUAAUCUUUGGACGACAUGCUGUGCUUGGGCUUCUCGCAGGCGGUUGCCCGCCCGCGCCAAGCGCCAUUCCCGUUUGGGAGAAGGCACAAAGCCAUGUGCCUGAUUUUUUUUCUCAAAAUACAACACAUACGUACCGAUGGUUACAAAUA